AUGGACUCCUACCCGAACCCCUACUCAUUAGAAAUUGUGAACUCCUUCAAUCCUUUGCUUGAAAAGCACUUUGGUUCUGUAUUUUUCAAUCUCAAUGGGGUCGGCAACUACCAUCGCGCAAAUUACUUCUACACGAAUCUUCCCUGGUGGGUUAACGGACGGGAUAACGACCAUAUGAAAGCUGAGCUUGCCCGCCGGCAUAGAGCGUUUACUCGGUCUGGUGCGAGUUGGCGACGAAUGUUAGUUUCACAACCAGCGCCGCCAGCACUGGGAUACGGAUGGCAAGAAUACGGAGACUGGACAACUAUAUACAAGGCACUCAUUACUGAAAACCCUCAGCCAGCAGCGUUAUCACUGGACCCUGUAUUCCCCGGCGAGCCAGUUUCGCCGCAGCCAUUGCCGAUAUCACAGACAGGUCUUCGAUUUGGUUUGCUAUAUGGCCCACUUCAAUACCAUGCUGGUCAUCAUCAGUAUCCGUCGCUUUACUUUCGUCUCGUCUGGGGACGGAGAUAUGCACCCCUACUUCGGGAUGCGAUGGAACAUGCAUGCAGGCAGCUGCUAGAAGAGACUAGUGCCAUUGUGCAGUUUUUUCAUAGGAAUAAUGAUCUUGAGCAUGAGCCUGCCGAUGUUGAGGCGUGGGAUAGCGCGUUUAGAAGCGAGGACUUCCAGCUUCCACAUGAGCAACUCGAGGUAGUUUACAGAAACCCCUGGUGA